AGCACGCCGAGCACUCUCAGCACUCGAGCAGCCUCAGCCUCAGCCUGAGCCUUUUUGGACGACAACGAGCUGGAGAACCGCCGACGGUGGGAGACACUUUGGUGCAGGAGAUUAACCCAACGGAACUCGCUUUAAAGAACGGCGAGAAAAGUGGAAUGUUAUCGUACGGUUGCCACGGAAGUUUCACUCGGAUAUACGACCAAGUGUCGUGGUCAUUGUUGAAAGUGUUGUCCGGAGCUUGAAGACAUCUUGUUUGAGGGUGCGUGGUGUGGCUAACGCCGUCGCGGCGCCAUGGCUCUGGUUCAGGCUCUCCCUGCCACUGACCACCCCGAUCCCGGUGUCGACGUCCAGCAGCGCCAGCCCCUAUCCUCCUCUCCCUCCCCCCCAGCCUCCCGCAGCUCGGCCACCGCUAUGGGUUCCGUAAGCAGUCUCAUAUCGGGACGCGCCUACCAAGAGAGGCACUGCCGAGCGGCUAGCGAAUUCGCCGCCAAGCAGCGCCGCUCGACGCCGGCGACCAGCUGUUUCCGCCUCCAGGAUAAUACCCUCCGCAGCGCCAGCUCCUUGGAGCAGCUGCUGGUCAUCUGCAACCAAGAGCAACAUCACCAGGUUCUACCGCCACCGCUGCCCACCAAGAAGCAGCCUCGACCCGGCAACUCCGCAACCGCCGUGGCUCCCGUCGGCGGGGAUAACAAUAACCCGGGAUACGUGAGCGGCGAGGUGGUCGUCGGAGACUGGAACGACAACGUGGUCGUGGCAGCCGUAAGUCCCUGCAGCGACUCGGAGGAGCAACGGGAGAACAGGACUCUGAAUGGCAAUAUAGGAGGACCUCCCCCAAAGCUCAUCCCAGUUUCCGGACAGCUUGAGAAAAACAUGGAGAAAGUGCUGAUCCGUCCAACAGCGUUCAAGCCUGUCGUCCCCAAGAAUCGCCACUCGGUGCAUUACCUGUCCCCGCGACCCGGCGGCUGCAGUCUGUCAGAGAGCCAGGGCAGCCUCAACCUCCUUCUUCCCCUCGCCGGAGCCAAUGCGGCCGGCGGCGGCGGCGGCUCCACUUCGGAGGAGAAGCGAGACUCUUUCGGUGGGAGUGGCAACGCUCGCGGAAGCCAAUCUUGCUCCAUGUCAGACUCCGGCAGGAACUCCCUCUCCAGCCUGCCCACUCACAGCAGCGCAGGCUAUAGUCUGGCCCCCAGUGAGAGCUCCAGCUCCGGGUCAGCCCACCCGGAGUCCGGCCAGGUUCUGGUUAGAAACACAUCAGGCGGGAUGGGGACUCACGGUCACUCGGAUAGCGGCCGUUCGUCGUCCGGCAAGAGCAGCGGCUCGGGCUCGCUUAGCGGGCGCGGGCAGCCCCUGUCGGACAGCGGCUCGUGCGGCCACUCGUCGCCGCCUGUAGAAGGCUACGAGGUGGUGGUGAGGGACCUGGAGGAGAAGCUGAGGGAGCGCGACGUGGAGCUCCAGCAUCUGCGGGAAAAUUUGGACGAGAAUGAAGCAGCCAUUUGCCAGGUGUACGAGGAGAAGCAGCGUCGCUGUGAAAGUGAGAUGGAGGAGCUGAGACAGAACUGUGCCACCAAGAUGAAGCAGGCCUCUCAGAAGGCCCAGAGGACACAGCAGGUCUUACAGUUGCAGAUCUUUCAGCUACAGCAAGAGAAAAAGAAACUGCAGGAGGACUUCUCGUCUCUGCUGCAGGACAGGGAAUCUCUGGAGAGGAGGUGCGCCACCAUCCAGCGUGAGCAGACGCAGCUCGGCCCACGGCUGGAGGAGACCAAGUGGGAGGUGUGCCAGAAGUCAGGCGAGAUCUCCCUGCUCAAGCAGCAGCUGAAGGAGAUCCAGUCGGAGCUCAGCCAGAAGGCCGGCGACAUCGUGACGCUGAGGGCCCAGCUGAGAGAAGCACGAUCCGAGCAGCAGGCCGGCCAGGCUCGCUGUCAGGAGGCUCAGGCGGCCGUGCGAACGCGCUCCCUGGAGCUGGAGGUGUGCCAGAACGAGCUGCAGAGGCGCAAGAGCGAAGCCGAGCUGCUGCGGGAGAAGUUGGCCCGCCUGGAGGACGAGACGCUGCGUCUCCACGACUCCCUGACGGCCAGCGGCGGGAAGGCCCAGUGCGUCGUCGGCCUGCCCCUCCAUCAGGGGCGGGGCCUGUCCAGGCGGGCGGGGCCCAGCCCCUGCAUGUACCGCGACGUGGACGACUGGCGAGGGGAGAGCGAUGAAGCCAAGGCGCUGAGGCAGAACGCCGAAACUCUUCUGGGACUCAGACAACAGGUGGACAGGCUGAAGGCUGAGCUCAUGUACGAGAGGAGGACAAGCGAAGAGCAGCUGUCUCGAUUUGAGGAUGAACGCAGGGUGUGGCAGGAGGAGAAGGAGAAGGUGAUCCGCUACCAGAAGCAGCUGCAGCAGAACUACAUCCAGAUGUACCGGCGCAACCGCGAGCUGGAGCGAGUGAUGCGGGAGCUGAGUCUGGAGCUGGAGAACAGGGACAUGGACGACUACGAAGUGCACAGCGGCAGCAACGACAUCCACUUUGAGGAGAUUACCGCCACUGAGAUCUAAAGAAGACACGCGAACCCGCCGCCGGACCGGGGAAAAACAAACAAAACAAAAAAAAAAACAGGACGGCUGGCUUUACCUCUUGAGCAGCUCCCAAAGGUGCGUUCUUCUUCUACUGCUGCACUCCUCGUGAUCUUUCAUACAGUGUUUCACCUGCACUUUUUUUUUUAAAAGACUUUUAUUCCACCACUACAAAGUCAGCACAAAAACUUUUUUUUCUGAAGCGGUGAGAAGUGUUUAAAUCAGGAAGGAUUAUUGGAAACAGCAAAAAAAAAAAGAAUGAGUCGGCCACAUGCACAUUUUUUUUACGGUAAACAACAGGGCACAAGCAUGCUUGUCAUGUGAUGAGAACACCUGCUACUUAAUGUUGUGUCUUGUAGUCUUUACGGGGGAUAUUAGCCUGAGCAUGCUAAUGUAGGGUCUUCUCAUCUGACAGUACCACUCCAAUCCUUUGGAGGGCGAUAGUGAGACAAUUUGCUGAUAUCUGCUUUUCCCUACUCGAAGAACGGCAACCUUAAUGCACUCAACAAAAUUGUUCAACCAAAAACUUAUAAUUCCGUCUGGUGAAAGUCAAAAAGCUAUAAAUGGGCUGAUAGAAAUUGGCAAAGUUAAACGGCAACAGUCUGCCUCUUCAUCUUGCUCUUAAUUCCGCUGUCUCUUUUUCUGUAGACCUCAGCACUGCCAGGCAUGCUGUGGCACAACGUGGUAUUACAUGCAAGUUGCGCAACUCUAAAUUCAAACUUGAGGAAAUAUUUUAAAAUAGGAUUUAAUUAACAAGAAUGUUUGUACGUCUAAGUUAAAAUCUAAAUGUAAGUUAAAAUAGGCACAUAGUAAGAUUGACUAAUUUUAGUUUUUUUUUAUUAGUAGACCGCAAUCCAGAGACAAACUAUUUGUAGACAAACAUUCAAAAGUAAAUUUUCCUUACUGCGUCCCCGCGGAAGGAAAGCAAAACAAGUGCAGCUGUUUGUUGCGGAUUCUUGCUCUCUUUGUUUUGCCUCCUACACCCUAAAAAGUAUUUUUAGCAGCGCUAAGAAACUAAAAACAAAGUUUUAUUAGUCUCACUGCUUCUUCCUCUUCAGGCAGCCAUUUGUUCCUUCGAGCGGGUUUUAUUUACCUUCCAGCAGCCAAAAGUUACAAUCACUUGAACUUGAGUCUUUCAAAGCUUUGCGAGCUGAGCCAAUCACAAGGCACAUGUAGACAAACAAUUCUUUCAGUUCCAACGUCCUUAGCACUGCGAGGCAGACGUGCGAGCACACGAGGCCCACCGCGAUGCACGACAUUUUCUCCAACCACUAGAAAAUACAACGCAAACUUUGGCAGCAAAGAUGAACAUUUAAAUCGCUCCACAAGCUCAGCUUUAAUUCUGAUUAUUUUUAUUAGCCAGCAUGAGAGAGCUUACAUUUUCUAAACGAAAUAUAUAUCGAAAAGGAGAUCAAUAUCAGGAAGGGUUGUAUAUUUUUAUAUCCAUAUAUGAAUAAAGCACCGACUAAUAUUUUUUUUUUUUCUUGUAGCACCGUUGUCAGUGCCAAUUCUAUCUAUAUGAAUGUCUAUACUAGAUAUAUAUGCAGUAGACUGCAAAGGCUAAAAACAAAAAUGUAAUGUCUGAGAGAAAGCCCCCAAAAAUUAACCUACAAAUAAUUCUAAUAUUUUGUUCAUAUCUUUUCAUAAAAAUAUCGAGUAUAGCCCAAUUCCCGACUGUUACUUCUGGUUUUGAGUGUAAAUAUGUAAAAAAGUUGAAAGUAUAACACAUAUUAGCCACUGUGACUAUAGACCAAAGCAACCUAACUCGUUUGUUUGUUUUUGUUGUGGCUUCUUUUUUGUUACCCUUUUUUACGUUAGCUUAUGUUACGUCACACUUGAUUCAUAAAGCAGACGUCGUUCAUGUAAAUGUGUACAUUUCUUGUAUAAAUGUGUGGCUUUUUUCAGUAAAGAGAAAGUUGUCAGAACAAUCAA